UUUGGUGUGGGGCGAGCGAACGAGUAAGGUAGCAGCAAGAGAAUGUCGGGACGCGGGAAGCAGGGCGGGAAGGCGCGGGCCAAGGCCAAGUCGCGCUCGUCGCGGGCCGGCCUCCAGUUCCCCGUGGGCCGCGUGCACCGGCUGCUGCGCAAGGGCAACUACGCGGAGCGGGUGGGCGCCGGCGCCCCCGUGUACCUGGCGGCCGUGCUGGAGUACCUGACGGCCGAGAUCCUGGAGCUGGCGGGCAACGCGGCGCGCGACAACAAGAAGACGCGCAUCAUCCCGCGCCACCUGCAGCUGGCCAUCCGCAACGACGAGGAGCUCAACAAGCUGCUGGGCAAGGUGACGAUCGCGCAGGGCGGCGUGCUGCCCAACAUCCAGGCGGUGCUGCUGCCCAAGAAGACGGAGAGCCACAAGGCCAAGAGCAAGUAAUCGGCAGCGGGGAAGCGCCCGGAGCAGAGAAGCAAAACCCAAAGGCUCUUUUCAGAGCCACCCACAGUGUCGUGAAAGAGCU